AUGGAUUCACAGGCUGUCCCAUCGGUCUACCAGAAUACGCGGUGCACCUUCACCACCGCAAGUAUUGAACCAGGCGACUCACUGGCAAAACGACGACCAGCUGGCAGCUUUCGCAGUAAAGAUUUCAUACACAGGGUCGAUGUUAUCUCAUCGGAUUGCUGGACUGCUGCUAUGGAGCAACUGACACAGAGUACACCCAUACGAUAUUACAGAGUCAAGGCCACUCUGAGUCAAUUGUUCGAGAAAACCUUUUUCACAGAGCAUGUUCAGACUGGAAGUAUUUCCAUGCUCUCGGAAGGGAGUGCCACCUCAGGCAACACAUUCGUACUUUGCAAAGGGAAGCUUAACCUCUAUCUUGACAGAGAAACAUACGAGCGGUCAGGUCUAUCCGGAAAAAUCGAUGAACGGAAUGGCAACAGAGAGAUGCGGUCAAAGUGGUACGUCACCUACGACUUGCAAAGUCCUUCCAUGCAGCAUGGCAAGCGAGGCUUCGACCGACUGCUUUACGGCUGCAGAAGCAUAUCAGACCAGACACUGAACUGGGUGUCUGAAGCCGAAAAACCAACAACACUUGGCCAACUGCCAUACACAGAGGUGCUGUCAAAACCAGUCGUUUCGAGACACAUCGAAACACACCGAGUCAUAACGCCCACAAUUCCCGGCCUCGAGGAUAAUGGGCGAUGUGGCCAAGACACAGCAGCGGAGCUGUAUGAAUGGAUCUCACUUCGUACCAGAUUGUCCGCCAGGCAACACGAGAGUUGGUCACAUCAGCUGGGAUGGGCUGUUGAGUUCUUCGUGGGUGUCGACAAUGGCAUCCGCACUCAUGGCGUCUUGCCCAGAAGCGUCGUGGUUCGCGAUAAGUGCAACCGAUGCGGUAGCAGGUGGAUUGGGCGGCAAAAGCGAAAUCACAGUCCUGAAGCCACCGGGGCAGAACUCUAG